AGGAGCAUCAAUGGGUUACCAUUCGCGGCCCAGUCUCCGAGCGGACGGCAGUCGGGGGAGACUGGCACAUCUUGCCGCACAUGCAGACCAGGGAUGCUUGGAAGAGCCGCAUGGGCAGCCGUGCACAAGCCUUGAGCAACUUCCUGGAGAGGCGUCAGGUGAGCAUCGACAGCUGCUUUGUUUGCUCCAGAAAUGGAGCUGGGCCUCCCUCCUGCUGGGCGACGCACAUCGCAGCGCCGACCCACUUCAAGGAGAUGGGCCGCGUAUGCCAAGACGGUGUCAGCAUAGACAUUCUGCGCGAAGAUAUGUGGGAAAGCUGGCGGGUGCCACGAGGCGCCAUUGCCUUCAACCAUGCCGAUGGCGUCGUGAUUAUGUGCAAAGGUGCGCCCACAGUCCUACCAGGCCAAAAUGGGGCGACGUUGCCAUCCCAGAUGCAGCCACCAAUGGCUGCAUGUGUGCCGCCGAGCCAAAUGCUGCCAAUGCAGCCAAUGCCAUGGCAGCAGGUACCUCCAGCAUGCGCGCCUGCCGUGUCCCCGAUGGGAGGACCGCCUCAAGGCUCUCUCGGCGUGCUGGACAUGUGCCCUGAGCCCAACAAGUGGUACAAGCUGCUACCGCCAGUGGGCGAUCCACAAAAGCAAGGCGGGGACUUCAAUUGCUGCCAUUGGCUGCAGUCAAGGGCAGGUUGGAAGAAAUCCAUGAAGGAUCCCGUGCAGAAAUUGGAGGACAUUCUCACUCGCUACCAGAUCUACCCGAGUUGCAACUUCUGCCCGAACGUCGGUGACUUUGCGGGCCACCUGCCCGCAGACAAGCACUUCAAGAACCUUUGCUGUCAACUACAACCCGGCGAAGACAUUCGGCGAAUCGCCACUGCGCCUGGAUGGACUCAGCAGUGGAACGUCCCAGGAGGUGGUGUGAAAUGGUUCCACCUCCACGGCCAGAUUGCCAUCUACAAAGGCAGUCAACCCACUUGCGAGAGCGUGUUCCCCCUGCAUCCAUCGCAGCAAGCGCUGCCAGCGCCUGGACCCACUGCCACUGGGCAGCUGCCAGCGCCUAGGACUGGCCCAACGCCGCACCCGCCGUUGCCGGCUCCUUGUCCUGCGCCUUCGCCUUGCCAGUGUCAUUCGGCGGCGCCUCAGGCAUAUCCUGCGGCCGCGGCGGAGAUGUCCGCUAGCCAUUGGGUUUGGCAGAACUCCUGGGAUGUGAGAAACCUGGAAGAGCUAGUGGAGGAGCUGACGGACCUGCAACCCCCCACGGAGGACGCUGACCUGCGAUAUCUGCGAGGUGGAUCUUCAAGUGCCCCAGGAUCUGGAGACCCAUUUGGCAUCCCCGCACCACUUCCAGAAUUUGCUGCGCAAAGCAGGCUUUGGUCGGCAGCGCUGGGCAUGCCGCUCACUUUUGCAGCAGCAAUUCAGCUGCAGAGGUGCGAAGAUGAUCCUGGACCACUGGUCGUUGAAUUGGAAGACUGAGCGGCAGUUUGCAGAGGCAGACAUUGAAGAUGUUUAGCGCUAUGUUUAGGCGGAGCGGGCCGCUUCGGAAUCGACGCGUGGUAUGAAAGCGUCCUGGACAUUGG